AUGAUCGGCCACAGUGAAUCGUGUGCCAUGGAAGUUUUAAGCUCUUCCGUCACGUUAGGGCGCGUUUUCGAUUGCGUCGCUAAAGAAAACCCGACCACAUUGAAAAUUGCUUCGUUAGCCGCUCUAGACCGAAUCGCCAAACACAACGCGGACUUGGCCCAAACGAUCGUGACCGCUUCUGAGCUACCGUACAUUGUAUGCCUGUUGUCGUCGACCCAUACGAACAUUAAAGUUCAGAGAGGAGCGUUGGCUCUCAUCAGGGAUAUCGUCAGACACUGUUUGAGCUUGUCGGAGAACGCGAUCGAAGCAGACUUGUUUCCUACGAUAUUGGUGUUGAUGGGUAGUCCGGACGAGUUGGUUCGCAACGAAGCUGCAAAAGUUGUCGGUGAAAUGGUUAAACAAAGCGUUCAAAUUUCCCAAUUGGUAGUCAACGCUGGAGGAAUAGCCGCCCUGAUGAACGUUAUUAAGCUCAGUAAAGAACAUUGCUGUCUUCCGGCCGUGAUAGCUAUUGGUUAUAUCGCUAUCUCGUCACCUUUGCUCGCUUCUGUCAUCAUUCAGUCAGACGUGUUGCUUCCGCUCAACGGUAUUUUAGAAAACGACGACGACGAAUUCCUCAAAGCCGGUGUGAUAUGGGCGCUAGGACUGAUAGGCAAACACAGUUGUGAACAUUCAAGAGCAGUAUGCACCACGGGCAACGUGGUUUGCAUCAUGACAGAAAUUUUACCAACGAACGCUAAGGCGAGACGAAGUUUUAUUCUAGACGGUCAUCUUAAAAGAAUCCAGCAAUAUAGUCCAGCUCCUGAUACGGAAAUGUACAAAAUACUGCAAGGAAUAAAUUGCUGUUUCCCAGAAGACAUUGUACAAAGAGCUACUGGAGAUUUCCCUGAAUCGGUAAUGCAAACCGUAGACAAGUAUCAACCGAAGAGCAAUUGCGUGUUUUAUAGUCGUCAUCCGAAAAGUAAUGAACUUAAUAAUUCUGACAAUUCGUCUCAUGAAGAGGAAGCAACAUUUGAAUAA